UGUCCCGAAGACAUGCCGUGGUCCAACACCGACAAGGUGCUGAUGCGGGGCCUGCCCGCUGGCAAGAGGACGCGGGGCGGGCCGCAGCUGCGCACCCACGCGGCGGGCGGCGGGCUCCCGGCCGAGGUGCCGGCGCCCCCGGAGCCCCCGCGCGACGAGGCCCCCCACCGCCUCGCCGACCACGGCUACGGCAAGGACAGCGUGAAGCUGCUGCACGUGCGGCGCGACGGCGCGCGACACACCAUCCGCGAGUACGAGGUGGACACGCGGCUGCGGCUGCACUCGCAGCGCGACUUCCUCACCGGCGACAACCGCGACAUCAUCGCCACCGACACGCAGAAGAACACCGUGCACGUGCUGGCCAAGAAGCACGGGGUGCAGUCGCCCGAGGACUUCGCGCUGCUGCUGUGCGCGCACUUCCUGUACACGUACCGCCACGUGGACGAGGCGUCGGCGCACGUGCAGGAGUCCCCCUGGGAGCGACUCAGCGUGGACGCCGCAGAGCACAACCACGCCUUCAUCUUCUCGCCCAAGGCCAUGCGCGUCUGCACCGUCACGCAGAGGCGCAACGAGCCGCCGCGCAUCGAGGGCGGGCUGAAGAACCUGCGCGUGCUCAAGACCACGCAGUCCGCCUUCACGGACUUCGUGCAGGACGAGUACCGCACGCUGCCCGACGCCAACGACCGCAUCUUCAGCACCGUCGUGUCGGCCACCUGGGAGUACUCCACCGCCACCGGCGUCGACUUCGACCACGUGUGGGACGUGGUCAAGGAGUGCGUGCUGGACAGGUUCGCCGGGCCUCCAGACGAGGGCAUAUUCUCUCCGUCCGUGCAGAACACGCUGUACCUCACGGAGAAGAUGAUCCUCGACCAGGUGCCCCAGAUACGGCGCGUGGAGAUGCAGAUGCCCAACAAGCACUACUUCACGCUGGACAUGUCCAAGUUCCCGGCGGGGCUGGUGCGCGGCGAGAACAAGGAGGUGUACGAGCCCGUGGACAAGCCCUCGGGCAUCAUCCACGCCGCGCUGGUGCGCCGGGAGACGAGCCGGCUGUGACCCGCUGCUUCCGACUCCUUUGUAAUUGGAACACGACUGUCCGUAUACAAUAACAUAUGUUUGUACAUUUGUACAUUCACACGAAAACAACUGUAUCGCUACAAAAUAAUGUUCGCUGUAAUACUGGGUUCGGAUUCUUUUCCUGGCAUAUAUGCUUUGUGUUGUCCCUGUACCUCCAACAGUUAAAGUUAUUUGUAAACAGUUCCCUGAAUAGCUUUCCAGUAUUAACUGCACGUAUUAAUAAGCACGGUACAUUCAAGUAAAGUCCAUUUACUUCAUUUUAGAUUUUACUUUCCACGGUUUAAAAAAAAGUUUGAUUGAAACAUCAAUUAAAAUAUAAUAUUAUGCUCCAAUUUUCGUAAGAAAUACUCAGUAUUACUUCGAAAAAAACAUUUUUCAUAUAUAACCAUAGUCAUGUGUUGUACAAAGUUAAAUAUCUUCCUUGUAGUGUUACAAACUAUUUGUUGGCAACUUGUUUCUACAGAAAUGUUUUGUGAAAGUACAGAAUUUUUUUUCCUGUGUAAUCCACACUCACCGACCAUCACCAGCGGAGUUCAAGCAACAUUUCCGUCGCAAUAUGGCGAUGGCGUAGUGAGAAAGUGACCUCGAUCACGUCACAGCAUGCCGUGUCCUGACGAUAUCCUUAAAGGCGAAUCAACUCGGAUAGACGCAAGGAGGCGCUAGUGCCGGGUUUAUAAACCACGUGAGUGACGCAAGAACGCAAGAAACGCUAGAUGCCAAAAUUUCCACGACGAAGUUUUCAAAUACCCGCAUGUUAUGACUCGGUCUCACACGCCAUGUUAAUUUUGUCUUUUUCCUUUUUUCAAUAGUCUCAUUUAUGGGCUAGUUGUAACAUUUAACUAGAUAUCUCCCUUGCAUUUACGUUCUGCCGCAAAUAUUUUCAAACAGAUAUUCAUUUAGUGUAGCUAAUAUCGUGUGUUUAAAAUGGCGCGCAAGUCUUUGUAAUGAUAAUUACUUGCUAGACGAAGUAAAUAUCUGUUGAAAAUAUUUGUGGCAGAACAACAAAUGCAAGGGAGGUAUGAAGCUAAUAUCUUAGAAAUAUCACGUGAAUAAAAGUGAUAACGAAAAAACAAAACAAAAAUCAACAAAUGAGUGAUACUGAGUCUUAAGUACACAAGACAAAUAAAAAAAAAACACAACGCAAGCAAUGGUCAAUUUUCAACUUCUUGUGUUUAGGCUUGUGUUUACGCUUUACACAUUUGAGAUGAAGUGUUAUAAACUUUUCAAGACGCAGACGUCAUGUUCUUGAAUGGUCACGAUGUUAUUCAUCACGUUUUCACUUGUUAAACAUUCGUACAGUAAAAUAAAAUAAAACUUUUUAAUGAAAUUAUAGUCAGUUUUAUAUGUUUUUAUUUAAAAAAAUGGAAUUAUUAAAAGAAUCCCAAGGAAGAAAUAUUUUUCAGUUUUUCUAUUGCUUCACGCUUUCAAGUUGUAAGGCUGGUGAUGGUAUUGCAAAUGUCGCACUUUAUAAACUACUGUGGUUUUCUCGCGUUCUUUGCUAGUUGCGUUCCUUGCACGUACCCGUUCUAAGGACGACACCAUCACGGGCUCCAAGCGGUAAAUCGCCUCUACGCGCGAGGUGGGCGUGCAGUCGUUUUCCGUCGCGUUGCGCACACAUGCGAGAUACUAAGCGGUGAUACCAAAGCUCCAUCGUUGCAAAGUUCGUGACAAAGUUCAAUUCACACUCAUUUAGUUGGUUACCGUUCGCACGCAUUUGGAAAUAUUGCCCAUCUCUUUUCUUAAUCUUCACUCAUUUUAAAAUUUGGGAAUUAUUUAAUUCACGCAAGGAAUACAAAACGAAAAGAUAGAGGUAGGAAAAGUUUAAGAAAUUUUUACGCAGCGUUCUUCCAUUACGACUGUCACAUAGUUUAGCAACCACUAAAGAGAAUGGUUCACCAAUACAAAUUGUGAAAUUUUAUGAUAAAAAACAAAAUAUUCCUAAGCAAAAAUGCCUGAACUGAAAAAUCCGAGUGCAUUUACACACAAUGAUGAUCAAUGUUUACCUUAUAAAUGCUUUAUUUUGAUACAUGAUAAUUUGAUAUUGUAUUUUACGUUAAGAAAAUUUUUCUGUGUUGUAUUUUUAUUACCAAAUAGUAUUUAGUUCUAAUAAUAUUCACUUUUUUAAAGACAAAAAAUUAAAAACACUACCUAUUUUAAUUAAUAAAUCUGGUUAACUGUGGAAAAUAUUAAUUGUUAAGUUUUAAAAACAA